GUCUGCGCCCGCCACCAGAUGCUAUGAGUACGAAACACCUCGUGGAAAUUCGCAAUCCACCACAUCGAUCCAAGCGAAAUUAAUCAGGUUGAUAACACAUUUCACGGCUUUGACGACUGCCAUCAUAGCCAUUCCUUUGAUUAUUGUUACCACGAGACUUGACACUCUUCCCACGAAAACCACACUCACGCUAUUAUUUGCAUCUUCAAGUUUUACGCUCCACGUCUUGUCCUGAGCGCCAUCGACAGCGAGACUUGCGACUGAGCCGACGCCGUCCUCUCUUAUCCUAUUGCAAGGGUUGGCUAAACGCACACCUUGCUCCUUAUACUCCUCUGACCAUCCUCAAGUGAUUACCCUCUAAAAAAUAUUUUUCCUGUUACGAGCACGCAACCGACAACUACCCCAAAUGUCAGGACUCGACGUCGAAGCGCUCCUCGAUUCGGCGGCAGCAGCCGAGACCAAAGACUCUCCCAAGGAACAAGAUGAUCGUCAUCGGUCUGAUCGUUCAGAUCGCCGUGACAGGGACAGAUAUCGCGAUGGGUCCCGAGACCGCGAUCGCGACCGCAAACGACGAGACCGUAGCCGUGAACACCGUCGAGAUAGAAAUGACAUAACAAGCCCUCGCAGCGACCAUGGAAGUGCUAAUGGCAGCCAUAGGAGCAGUCGAAGACGCAGUCGCAGCAGGGAUGACGAUCGUCGCCGAUCACGACGAGACGACGACCACUAUCGAAAGCGCUCUAGGUCUCCCGAGUAUGAUCGCUACUAUCGCCCUGGUGCACGGUCUAAACAUGAUCAAGAUGACCGAAAAGAGCGGGAUCGAGAAGCGGGCGACCGCGACCGACGUCGCUCGGGUAGUCCUAAGAGAGGGGGCGAAAGCAAGGCCUCAGAAGCGCAGCUCACAGAAGAUGAGCGAGAUAGGAGAACAGUCUUCGUCCAACAGCUUGCGGCUCGGCUAAGAACAAAAGAAUUGAUCCAGUUCUUCGAAAAGGUCGGACCGGUCAAAGAGGCACAGAUCGUCAAGGAUCGAGUCUCCGGGCGAUCCAAGGGGGUUGGCUACGUCGAGUUCAAGAAUGAAGAGUCCGUUCAACUUGCUAUCCAGAUGACAGGACAGAAACUACUCGGUAUCCCCAUCAUCGCCCAGCUUACUGAAGCAGAAAAGAACCGACAAGCACGAAACCCCGAGGCGUCGACCAGCAACCACAAUUCGGUUCCGUUUCACCGCCUCUAUGUUGGUAACAUUCAUUUCAGCAUCACUGAACAAGAUUUGCAGAAUGUCUUUGAACCCUUUGGGGAGUUGGAAUUUGCCCAGCUUCAAAAGGAGGAAGGUGGACGAAGUCGUGGGUACGGCUUUGUGCAAUUUCGGGAUCCUAACCAAGCUCGUGAGGCCCUUGAAAAAAUGAAUGGCUUUGACCUCGCAGGACGUCCUAUCCGAGUCGGCCUCGGUAACGACAAAUUUACGCCCGAAUCCACUGCGAACCUCUUGCAACGAUUCCAAGGCCAGAAUGGGCCUGGGCCCUUCCAAGGCUCUGCCUUCUCGGGUUCUGGGGGCCGAGGAUCUCAUGCUGGCGGCUCUGGUGGGAACUUUGACCGUGCCGGUGGACGCGACACAGACAAAAACCAGGGAGGCGCCAGUGCUUUGGACGACACGGAUGUCGCUGGAGUCAAUUUCAGCAACUACAGCAGAGAUGCGUUGAUGCGUAAACUAGCCAGAACCGACGAACCGGCCGACGCAGACACGAAACGGGCUACAGUGCCGAAGAGGGAGUCCAAACCUCUACCAGUCAACGUCAGCCAAGCUAGCAGAUGUGUUCUGCUGAGAAACAUGUUUGACCCAGCUGAGGAAGAAGGCGAGGGGUGGGUCAAAGAGCUCGAAGAUGAUGUUCGGGCAGAAUGCGAGGGAAAGUACGGACACGUGGUCCACAUCUCACUCGACCCCAACACGCAAGGUGAUAUCUACCUCAAGUUUGAACGAGUGUCUGGCGGUGAAAAUGCGAUCAAGGGGCUAAACGGACGUUACUUUGGUGGUAGGCAGAUUUCUGCACAGCCAGUUGUUGACGCCGUCUACAGCAGCUUGUUUUCCCGAACGAAGGCACUGUGAGGUGGAAUGAAAUAGAGGAGCAAGGUAUCCUGAUUCGAUACGAGACGACACUGUCAAGACUAAGUGUUGCGCAGCCAGUGAGACUGGCGGGAUGGACUGACCCAUCCUGGAAGCCUUGGUUGACCUGAUGCUAGGACACGUCAUCUCUGAUCUCGAUCUUGUGGAGACUUUUCGCCUUCCCAACAUGAACCCAUGUGGUCUUGAUGGUACUAGGGAAAGGGGGGAAAGCAGAAGCACCCUAUCUGCCAAAAGGGAGCCCAGUAAUUGGCACCAGUUCUAAGUGGUGGACCGAUCCUCCUAACAGUGUCGUCAUGAUAUAUUGAGCUAACCUGGCUCUUUGGCGACCAGACAUGGUAGAUGGCAAUAGCUCAGAAGUGCUGGAGGUGCUGUCAGUGCUAAAGGAAUCGAUCAGAAUGGUGGAGGAACCUGGUAGGUCUGUGGUGAUGGGGAGGCAGACACUGCAAGUUUGAUGCAGGUCUGAUUGUCAGCCUUGACUACUUCAAUUUUUGUGAGACAGGUGUGCUUUUGUUGCAUCAACCACAAUUCAAGCAUGCUUUUUCUUCUUUGCUUACAUGAAUGUUCUAGUCUUAGACAAUGUUGACUGUCACAACCUGCCUGCUCGGCGGAAUCCAAUCGCAAGCAGAUAUGGUUGCCAGCUCCAUUGAAUUCACACAUUUAUUUUGUCGUUGUAUCAGACCUAGGCCCUGCCAUGAGAUGAGAGGAGUAUCUAGGGCAAAGGGUCAGUCGAAGCUAGAGAAGUCCAGGACUCUAUCU